UACAGUGCGAGCUCCGCUCUCCGGGCGUCCAGGCUCCGCUCUACCACACAGCCCGUAGCCUUCAGCUGGAUGCAGCCCGGAGAAUAAUAACUUUCCCGGGAUAUAAACAGGACCCGGCCGGGAGCGCAGCCUGGUGGAGCCACAGGGGCCCCUGACAGCGAGAGAGCGGCCCAGCGCAAGCGCCGGCCCCCACACCACAUCGGAGAGCGCUUACAUCUCAAACGCCCGUCCUUCCUCCAUGCAUUCACUGCAAGACGUAGACUGCCAGCACUGAAGCUUCAAAACUCCCAGCGCCCCCGCCGGGAAACCAGCAGAUGGGAUCUCCUUGAGCUGAGCAUCCUGCGCUUGAGAAAAUGCAUUUUAUAUAAAUAUUUUGUACCUUUCCAGAUCCGUGCAGAGAUCUCCCACCUCCUGCAUAUUAAUUUAUGCUUCGCUAAUUAUCCAUUUCCAGUUGGCUACUUUUUAAUGGUUUUCUUUAAUGGUAUUUAUUUUUCUAGCCUGCGUUGACAGCAGCGUGUGAAUCUCGCACAUAAAGUACACUGGACCUUUAAGUAAUAAGCCAGUCACCUGGGAAGGGCACCCACCCCCCACCAGUACGUGGUAUAAGAUAAAAUAUUACCCCACGUUGACCUGAUGCGUUUUUGAAAAGUAAUUUAAAAAAUAUAUUUAUAUUUUUUUUGACAGACGACUUUUCUGGUCGGAUUAAUCUUCGUUUAUACAACUUUUCUAUAUAGUGUAUUUGUACGUUUCUGAAGCUUUGGAGGGAGUGUUUUGUUUCCCGUAUAACUGAGAACCGCUAGACUUAUGGAGCCCACUGUAAACGAAUGCAGAAUGGAUCAGGGUGAAGAAGUAAAUGUCGCCUCGCCGCAGCCAGAUAAAUGUCAGGUUCCCAGUCCUGAAAAUGAAGCCGCCAAUGGCGAGCGAGCAGACGUAAAAAUGAUGGAAACCGAGGCUGGAAACCAGGAGGAGAGGCCCUUCGAUGUGUCCGAUACAACGUCUAGGAAAGGUACGGAGAUGUCCGAUCAGUGUGAAGCCUCCGCCUCUAGCGCCGACAGCAAGGCCAGUGACUCGCAAUCCGAUAGAGAAGCGGAGGACAGCAACUCGCAGUCCGUUCUGGACUCCUGCAGAGCAAACCAGCUGUCCACAUCUAUCGACUCCGAGCAACCCGAGAGCAACCGGCCUUCAGUCGACAACUCCAUGACGGACCCCUCGCUGCAGAACCUGCUGUGCUCUAGUGCCAGCGUCAGCCCUUGCGAAGAGGCCUCAGAAGCCGGCGCCUCCAAGUCGCCAGACAAGGAGGUGGCGGAGGCGGACUAUUACUUUGUGAAGUGGAUAAACUGGAAAGGAGAGCGGACGCCGGUAAUUACCCAGAGCGAGAACGGCCCGUGUCCUCUGCUGGCUAUCAUGAACAUCCUCUUUUUACGCUGGAAGGUAAAACUCCCACCGCAGAAGGAAGUGAUCACCUCGGAGGAGCUGAUGGCCCAUCUGGGGGAUUGUGUACUGUCUAUUCAGCCACAGGAAAACUCGGAGGCGCUGCAGCUUAACUUCCAGCAGAACGUAAAUGACGCCAUGACUGUGCUGCCCAAGCUCUCUACGGGACUGGAUGUCAACGUGCGGUUCACGGGAGUGUCUGACUUUGAGUACACGCCGGAGUGCAUUGUAUUCGAUCUUCUGAAUAUCCCGCUGUACCACGGCUGGCUGGUGGAUCCUCAGAACUCUGAGACUGUUGAAGCUGUUGGGAAACUGAGUUAUAACCAACUGGUGGAGAAAAUUAUAACCUGCAAGCACUCGAGUGACCCCAACCUGGUCACUGAAGGCCUCUUGGCAGAACAGUUCCUGGAAUCCUCGGCAGCGCAGCUGACAUACCACGGCCUGUGUGAGCUCAUGGCCGCCGUCAAGGAGGGGGAGCUCAGUGUCUUCUUUCGCAACAAUCACUUCAGCACGCUUAUAAAGCACAAGGGCCACCUAUAUCUGCUGGUCACCGACCAGGGCUUCCUGCAGGAGGAGAAGGUGAUCUGGGAGAGCCUUCACAACGUGGAAGGGGACAGCUGUUUCUGCGACUCCGACUUCCACCUGACGCAGCACCUGGAGAAGGACGCCUCCUUCGGCAGCCCCCAGCAGCUGCAGCAGCGACAAGUGGACCAGGAUUACAUGAUCGCUCUGUCGCUGCAACAGCAGCAGCAGGGGCCUCUGCCUAUGAGCGACCUAGAGCUGGCCCAGCAGCUGCAGCAGGAGGAGUACCAGCAGCAGCAACAACAACAACAGCAGCAGCCUCCACCCGAGGCCCCUCCGCAGUCUCCCCAGCAGGCAAGGCCCCAGACUUCCGGCCGGCCGUCCUCUGAGCGCAGGCAGCGACAGAAGCAGGAUUCUGACUGCGUUCUACUAUAGCCUGCCUCUGCACACUGGGCGAUGGAAUGCAGGGUACCUCCACAAGGGGGCGCAGCACAAACACCUUACCCCUUUAUUCUACAAGCAGAUGCUUUUGAAUCAGCUCAAUCCCUAUGCUGAGUUUCUACGAUUCUCCGGAUCCUGUUGUUUUGUUUUUUUCUAAGCACUUACAGCGUGUGUGACUUUUCCUUGUAAUACAAUAGCUGGGAGAGAUUCUGAGCACCACUUAAGGCCACUCCGGCUGUUUCGUAUCUUUUCUUUGCUUUUUGUAUCAGUACAGUAAAUAUUUUAAAGGACCUCUUCUUCUUCUUCGUCUAGGCUCUGACAAAAAAAAAAAAAAAAACUUUCUUAAUGUGGGGAGAAGUUCAUCUUAAAUCACGCGGCACCGUGGCGGAGUCCAAUCACUCGGCCAUUAUAACGUCAGAAUUUAAAGGGCUACAUGUUAUUACUUUCACGGUUUGCCAGUCCUGUUACUCAGCGCUCCGACAGAUCGGUUGAAUAUCCCCCAGUAAAAGUUAUUUCUGUUCCUGUGUGUGUAAAAAGUGAUCUGAGGUCACUCUCUUUAAAUGUUUUUCAUGUUAUUUUCUGUUUUUUCUUUUCUAAAUCUAUAAAUGUAAUCAUCGUUGUAUCAGUCAGUAUUUCUCUCCAGCUCAGAUGACGGUGACAUCUGGUGUCUGAAGGACAACAUCAUCUAUAAUACAUGUUGUGCUAAUGGGCUACUUCUGAAAAAAAAAAAAAAUUUUAUUUUAAUUCAUACUAAUAAUGUAAUGUCCGUAGUGCAAUUUCAAGACCCAAUCAAAGCACUGGUCUAGUAUUAAGUCCGCUCCUUUUACACGAGCUCCCUCGCCCACCGGCCAAAUACCUUAGGCGACUAAUGUGUAAAACGCAUGACAGCGCCACGAUUUUGAGUAGCGAUAAGAUGACGAGGGACCACGCAGUCUGCAUUUUUAGCCUCUUUAAAUGACGUCUGUAAUCAGCGUAGCGAAGUGGCAGCCGACGGGUACUAGUGACAUCACCGAAGCAGCCAUUUUGUGGUGCCAUACCAAUGUCCAUGAGAAGGCAGAAAUUUUAUUCAUGGAACGCCGUGGGGACCUCGUAAUUCAUAGGGCUCUCUGGUCAGGCUCACAAAAAAUGGCUGCCGUGUGCGUGAUUGCGCAGUACACCUGCACGUACCUCCACUUUGUAUCAUAUAGAAUUAUUUGCUAUUGUUUUGAUCUAUAAUUUAUAACCAGUUCUGCAUGGAACUGUUCUUUUUAUUUCAUCGUAAGAGGGAUGGCGUGUGCCCCCUAAGAUAAUGAUCCCACCAACAAGUUACCAUGCACAAGUCUUGUAUAUUGAUCUGCUAUGAGGAAGUGUUCGAUAUAAAAACCGGAGGCCGUGAUGAUCCAUGUGCCGGCGGCAUAUACCUUAUCAUCAGUAUCCCUUUCAUAAAUCUCCUUUGUGGUUCGUAUAGACCCUGACGUCCGGCUGCUGCGACAGAUGAGAUCCCCUCCCCAUUUGUGGACCAAUUUUUCUCUUUGGGAUUGUUAGAAAAGCCACUUUUCCCAAGUGUCCUUUUGAACAAACUGCUGGUGUCGACCGUGUGUCGGCUGAUCGGGAAACCAAAACCAGACUCUGGGGUUGAAUGAUGGGAGACCCAUGCCCUUGUUGAGUAGCGAUUCUCCCCGUCUCGCCCUCCCCAGUGUGGGUUGUAUGUUCACACUUUGUACAGAUUGGGGUCCACUUGCAAUUCCCCCGGUUUUUGUUUUGUUGAAAAACUGUAAAACGAUUUAAAGAUGACAGUCUGCAACCAACUUUUACAGGGCGAGCCAUGGUCAACUCUAAGGACUUCAUCCGAGGGUCACCUUACGCUCUCCUUAAUGUCACGCACUUUACCUAGAACCGCAUGACCACAACUAUCUCCGAUUUUCCUAUCACUCUUCUCCCGUCUGUCCCGGGGGACAGACACUGUGAGCAGCUUUUGCACGGUGUAGAGAUGAUCCUAUAGGUAAAUGAUAAUAAAACUCUUUACACCCCA